AUGCGUCAGCUCGCAGCCUACGGUGUCGAUCAGGCCACGGCAGUCCAACACCGCGCCUCCUUGUUGAGUUGCGUAAACAUCGCCUACUCAACGUACACCUAUGGACGCAUUAGAGUGAAACAGACAUACGCUGUUGCGGAAUGCGAAAUGAGACAGUUCCUUUUGGCUUCCCAUGACAAAAAGACUGGCAUCGUCCUUAACAUGCUUGUAAAUUCUGAUGUCUCGGACGAGGCGUUUAACACCGGAGAUGCACAAAUUGCUAGGGAUGUGUAUGUCAUUCGGUAG